GAGAAUAGCACACACUCCCGCCAAAACACACUGACACACACACUCAUACCCCCUCUGGCACUGUCCAGUGACUCCAGUCCAGCUCUGACAAGUGAAAAAGAAGAGCCUAUUGUGGAUUUGGGAUUUGUACAGCCCUGUGUACUUAGUGGGAUAAGUUUAUUUUCCCCGAGCUAAGCUCUUGUCAGACUUGCAGAGACGAUGUCUUCCUUUUGCCUAGUCUCAAAAACCGCUCAGUGGAUUUGGUAGUUGCUCAGAUCAUUUUUUUUUUUGCAAGUUAUUCCAACGGGAGGGAUAGAGAGACUGAGCCAGAGAAUGCUCCCAAAGCUCAUAAGGAUUCUAUAUGUCUUGUCUUUUAGCUUUUUCCAUGGCGGCUUUAUCAGACUGGGCUCCUGUAAGGAGGAGAUAAAGUCCCCCAGUAGGACAGUCCCCUCCUCGCAGUCGCCAUCUGACUUCCUGGACAAGCUCAUGGGGAAAAGGUCUGGCUAUGACGCCCGCAUCAGACCCAACUUCAAAGGUCCGCCUGUGAAUGUCACCUGCAAUAUCUUCAUCAACAGCUUUGGGUCCAUCACAGAAACGACUAUGGACUACAGGCUCAAUGUGUUCCUACGGCAAAAAUGGAACGAUCCCCGAUUGGCUUACCAGGAGUACCCGGACAACUCCUUGGACCUGGAUCCCUCCAUGUUGGACUCCAUCUGGAAGCCUGACCUGUUCUUCGCUAACGAGAAGGGAGCUAACUUUCAUGAGGUCACCACUGACAACAAACUGCUGCGGAUAUUCCAAGAUGGGAGCGUACUAUAUAGCAUCAGGCUGACUCUCAUCCUGUCCUGCCCUAUGGACUUGAAGAAUUUCCCCAUGGAUAUUCAGACCUGUACCAUGCAGCUUGAAAGCUUUGGGUAUACCAUGAAUGAUCUGAUCUUCGAGUGGUUGGCAGAGAACCCGGUGCAGGUGGCUGAUGAUCUGACACUCCCUCAGUUCGUGCUGAAAGAUGAGCAGGAUCUGGGCUACUGUACCAAGCACUACAACACAGGUAAAUUCACCUGCAUCGAGGUGAAGUUCCACCUGGAGAGACAGAUGGGCUACUACCUGAUCCAGAUGUACAUCCCCAGCCUGCUCAUCGUCAUCCUGUCCUGGGUCUCCUUCUGGAUCAACAUGGAUGCUGCCCCGGCUAGAGUGGGCCUGGGCAUCACCACCGUGCUCACCAUGACCACCCAGAGCUCUGGGUCCCGGGCCUCUCUACCCAAGGUGUCCUACGUGAAGGCCAUUGACAUCUGGAUGGCCGUGUGCCUGCUGUUCGUGUUCGCUGCGCUGCUCGAGUAUGCGGCAGUCAACUUUGUCUCGCGGCAACACAAGGAGUUUAUCAGGCUGAGGAAGAAGCGGCGGCGGCAAAGAAUAAGACUGACAACAGCAGCACACUACAGCUGGCCGUCACUUUACAUGAGGAAGAUGAGCUCGUUUCAGGCUCAGCUCAUUUCCACGGCCAUGGCCUUGGCCAAUCAACCGCCGAGUGUAGAGUCAGAGAGGAAAGUGAACGACCUGCCUGGCAACAACACUAUCAGCACCAGCUACCACGGAAACCUGAAUCAGCACUGCAGGGCUUGUGCCAGGGAAGAGGAACUGGUGAGAGACAGCCGUGGGUUUUACUUCCGCGGCUACGGACUGGGUCACUACCUGCAGACCAAGGACGGAACGGCAGUGGAAGGGGCCACAAUCUUCGCCCCGCCGGUGUCCACCGUGUACGAUGGCGAGGCGGUCCGCAAGCGCUUUGUGGACCGGGCCAAGCGCAUCGACACGAUAUCCCGCGCAGUCUUCCCUCUGAGCUUCCUCUUCUUCAACAUUUUCUACUGGAUUACCUACAAAGUGCUGCGACACGAGGACAUCCACGCAAAUUUGUAAAAUUGGUUAGACUUUGGACUUUCUGCUCUACUCCCCACGACUUCUAAUUGUUACAUGCUACUUUUCUUUUUUUUUCUUCUUCUUUCAACCAAAACUGCCUAUCAGAUCUACAUUAAAAGUGUUUCAGAGGCAUAUGCUUCGCAACAGUUGCCAUUGAUGCUAAAAACUCUGUGCUCAGGUGCGUCUUCAGGAUUUCCGAGAAAGUGUGUAUGAAAAGAAAGUGAAGCUGUGAAUUUAAACUGGUGUUCGAGUGCUGUAUGUUAUUGCAUUCUUUUAUUUUAGUCAUCUUGUUUUGACUGGAUUACAGCAGAAACAUAAUAGUGCUAGUCUUUUAACUUCUGCCUGAACUAUGAACUAUGGCUAAAGGCAGAUACCACAAGGGAAUAUUAGUCAUGGCUGGAUGGAUACUUCUGACUUGAAUUUUACCAAUCAACGCAUCUUUGAAUGAAUGUAAAAAAAAUAUUAAAAGGCUUUUUUACAACUUUACAAUGCCAAACAAAUGGGGUGUGAGGGAGGGAUUGGGGUAUUUGAUAUUUCUGGAUUUAAAUGAGGUGAUGAUGAUAUGUUGUUUAAACUACAUAUGACAAUAGAUUAUAUACAGUGCAUUCGGAAAGCAUUCAGACCCCUUGACUUUUUCCACAUUUUGUUACGUUACAGCCUUAUUCUAAAAUGUAUUAAAUAGUUUUUUCCCCAAUCAAGCUACACACAAUACCAUAUAAUGACAAACCAAAAACAGAUUUUUACAAAAAAAAAUUUUUUAAAUAAAAAAAUAAAAAUGGAAAAAAUAAAUUUACAUAAGUAUUCAGACCCUUUACUUAAUGCUUUGUUGAAGCACCUAUGGCAGCAAUUACAGCCUCGAGUCUUCUUGGUAUGACGCUACAAGCUUGGCACACGUGUUUUUGUGGCGUUUCUCCCAUUCUUCUCUGCAGAUCCUCUCAAGAGCUAUCAGGUUGGAUGGGGAGUGUCGCUGCACAGCUAUUUUCAGGUCUCUAAAGAGAUGAUUGAUCGAGUUCAAGUCCAGGCUCUGGCUGGGCCACACAAGGACAUUCAGAAACUUGUCCCGAAGCCACUCCUGCAUUGUCUUGGCUGUGUGCUUAGGGUUGUUGUCCUGUUGGAGUGGGAACCUUUGCCCAGUCUGAGGUCCUGAGCGCUCUGGUUUUCAUCAAGGAUCUCUCUGUACUUUGCUCAGUUCAUCUUUGCCUCGAUCCUGACUAGUCUCCCAGUCCUUGUCGCUGAAAAACAUCCUCACAGCAUGAUACUGCCACCACUAUGCUUCACUGUAGGAAUGGUGCCAGGUUUCCUCCAGAUGUGACGCUUGGCAUUCAGGCCAAAGAGUUCAAUCUUGGUUUCAUCAGACCAGAGAAUCUUGAGCACAACUGCAUCUGAUUCUACAACUUAAUUGGAGUCCACCUGUGGUAAACUAAAUUGAUUGGACAUGAUUUGUAAAGGCACACACCUGUCUAUAUGCCUCUGUCAUGUGCCGUUUACUGAGGAGUGGCCUCCGUCUGGCCACUACCCGAUGGUUGUCCUUCUGGAAGGUUCUCCCAUCUCCACAGAGGAACUCUGGAGCUGUCAGUGACCAUUGCUCAGUUUGCGCCGGGAGGCCAGCUCUAUGAAGAGUCUUGGUGGUUCCAAACUUCUUCCAUUUAAGAAUGAUGGAGGCCACUGUGUUCUUGGGAACCAUUAAUACUGCAGAAAUGUUUUGGUACCCGUCUUCAGAUCUGUGCCUCGACACAAUCCUGUCUCGGAGCUCUACGGAAAAUUCCUUUGACCUCAUGGCUUGGUUCAUGCUCUGACAUGGACCUUAUAUAGAAAGGUGUGUGCCUUUCCAAAUCAUGUCUAAUCAAUUGAUUUUACCACCGGUGAAAACAGGAUGCAGCUGAGCUAAAUUUUUAGCAAAGGGUCUGAAUAGUUAUGUAAAUAAGGUAUUUCUGUUUUUCAUUAUCAAUACAUUUACAAUUCUAAAAACCAGUUUUCACUUUGUCAUUAUGGGGUAUUUUUUGUUGAGUGAUGGGUAAAAACAAUUGUUUAAAUCAAUUUUAGAAGGCUAUAAGGUAACAAAAUAUGGAAAAAGUCAAACAGUCCGAAUGCUCUCCGAAAGCACUGUGUAUUCGUGUUUAUAUAUACAUACAGUACCAGUCAAAAGGGUUUUUCUUUAUUUUUACUAUUUUCUACAUCAAAACUAUGAAAUAACACAUAUGGAAUCAUGUUAAACAAAACAAAAUAUAUUUUAUAUUUGAGAUUCUUCAAAGUAGUCACCCUUUGCCUUGAUGACAGCUAUGCACACUCUUGGCAUUUAUCAACCAGCUUCAUGAGGUAGUCACAUGGAAUGCAAGGUGUGCCUUGUUAAAAGUUACAGAAGAUAGCCCAAUUUGGUAAAAGAACAAGUCCUUAUUAUGGCAAGAACAACUAAAAACAAAGCAAAGAGAAACGACAAUCCGUCAUUACUUUAAGACAUGAAGGUCAGUCAUUACGGAACAUUUCAAAAACUUUGCAAGUUUCUUCAAGUGCAGUCGCAAAAACCAUCAAGCUCUAUGAUGAAACUGGCUCUCAUGAGGACCGGCACAGGAAAGGAACGUCUGUAGCAGAGGAUAAGUUCUUUAGAGUUACCAACCUCGGAAAUCGGCAAUUAACUGCAUCUUACAUUGAAGCCCAAAUAAAUGCUUCAGAGUUCAACUAACAGACACAUCUCAACGUCAACUGUUCAAAGGAGACUGGGUGAAUCAGGCUUUCAUGGUUGAAUGGCUGAAAAGAAACCACUACUAAAGGACACAAUAAGAAGAAGAGAUUUGCUUGGGCCAAGAAACACGAGCAAUAGACAUUAGACCAGUGGAAAUCUGUCAUUUGGUUUGAUGAUUCCAAACUUGAGAUUUUUGGUUCAAACCGCUGUGUCUUUGUGAGAUGCAGAAUAGGUGAAAGGGUGACCUCCACAUGUGUGGUUCCCACCCUGAAGCAAUGAGAAGGAGGUGUGAUGGUGUGGUGGUGCAUUGCUGGUGACACUGUCUGAUUUAUUUAGAAUUCAAGGCACACUUAACCUGCAUAACUAACGCAGCAUUCUGCAGCGAUAUGCCAUCACAUCUGGUUUGUGCUUAGUGGGAUUAUCAUUUGUUUUUCAACAGGACAAUGACCCAACACACUUCGAGUCUGUGUAAGGGCUAUUUGACCAAGAUGAAGAGUGAUGGAGUGCUGCAUCAGAUGACCUGGCCUCCACAAUCACCCGACCUCAACAAAAUUGAGAUGAUUUGGGAUGAGUUGGACCGCAGAGUGAAGGAAAAGCAGCUAACAAGUGCUCAGCGUAUGUGGGAACGUGGUCCCGUGUGGCUCAGUUGGUAGAGCAUGGCGCUUGCAACGCCAGGGUUGUGGGUUCAAUUCCCACGGGGGGACCAGGAUGAAUAUGUAUGAACUUUCCAAUUUGUAAGUCGCUCUGGAUAAGAGCGUCUGCUAAAUGACUUAAAUGUAAUGUAAAUGUAACACCUUCAAGACUGUUGUAAAAUCAUUCCAGGGAAAGCUGGUUAACAGAAUACCAAAAGUGUGCAAAGCUGUUAUCAAGGCAAAGGGUGGCUACUUUAAAUAAUCUAAAAUCAAUUUCUUGGUAACAACAUGAUUCCAAAUGUGUUAUUUCAUAGUUUGACGUCUUAACUAUUAUUCUACAAUGUAGAUAUUUGCAAGAAUAAAGAAAAACACUUGAAUGUGUAGGUGUGUCCAAACUUUUACAAGUUCUGUAUAUAUAGAGUUGAAUUCGGAAGUUUACAUACACUUAGGUUGGAGUCUUAAAACAAGUUUUUCAACCACUCCACAAAUUUCUUGUGAACAAACUAUAGUUUUGGUGAGUUGGUAAGGACAUCUACUUUGAGCAUGACACAAGUAAUUUUUCCAACAAUUGUUUACAGACAGAUUAUUUCACUUAUCAUUCACUGUAUCACAAUUCCAGUGGGUCAGAAGUUUACAUACACUAAGUUGACUGUGCCUUAGCUUGGAAAAUUCCAGAAAAUGUGGUUAUGGCUUUAGAAGCUUCUGAUAGGCUAAUUGACAUAAUUUGAGUCAAUUGGAGGUCUACCUGUGGAUGUAAUUCAAGGCCUACCUUCAAACAGUGCCUCUUUGCUUGACAUCAUGGGAAAAUCAAAAUAAAUCAGCCAAGACAAUUGUAGACCUCCACAAGUCUGGUUCAUCCUUGGGAGCAAUUUCCAAACGCCUGAAAGUACCACGUUCAUCUGCACAAACAAUACUACGCAAGUAUAAACACCAUGGGACCACGCAGCCGUCAUACCGUUCAGGAAGGAGACGCGUUCUGUUGCGAAAAGGUGCGAAAAGUGCAAAUCAAUCCCAGAACAACAGCAAAGGACCUUGUGAAGAUGCUGGAGGAAACAGGUAGAAAAUUAUCUAUAUCCACAGUAAAACGAGCAUAUAUAUCGACAUAACCUGAAAGGCCGCUCAGCAAGGAAGAAGCCUGUGCUCCAAAACCACCAUAAAAAAAUCAAGACUACGGUUUGCAACUGAACAUGGGGACAAAGAUCGUACUUUUUGGAGAAAUAUCCUCUGGUCUGAUGAAACAAAAACAGAAGUGUGUUUGACCAUAAUGACUAUUGUUAUGUUGGCCGAAAAAGGGGGAGGAUUUUAAGCCCGAAGAACACCAUCCCAACCGUGAAGCAUGGGGGUGGCAGCAUCAUAUUGUUGGGGUGCUUUGCUGCAGGAGGGACUGGUGCACUUCACAAAAUAGAUGGCAUCAUGAGGGGGGGAAAUUAUGUGAAAAUAAGAAUUUGUUCUUAACUGACUUGCCUCGUUAAAUAAAGAUUUUUAAAAAGUCAGGAAGUUAAAGCUUGGUCACAAAUGGGUCUUCUAAAUGGACAAUGACCCCAAGCAUACUUCCAAAGUUGUGACCUAAUGGCUUAAGGACAACAAAGUCAAGGUAUUGGAGUGGCCAUCACAAAGCCCUGACCUCAAUCCUAUAGAAAAUGUGUGGGCAGAACAGAAAAAGUGUGUGUGAGCAGGGAGGCCUACAAAUCAAAUCAAAUCAAAUGUAUUUAUAUAUCCCUUCUUACAGCAGCUGAUAUCUCAAAGUGCUUCACAGAAACCCAGUGUAAAACCCCAAACAGCAAGCAAUGCAGGUGUAGAAGCACAGUGGCUAGGAAAAACUCCCUAGAAAGGCCAAAACCUAGGAAGAAACCUAGAGAGGAACCAGGCUAUGAGGGGUGGGCAGUCCUCUUCUAGCUGUGCCUUGUGGAGAUUGUAACAGAACAUGGCCAAGAUGUUCAAAUGUUCAUAAAUGACCAGCAUGGUCAAAUAAUAAUAGUCACAAAUCUGACUUAGUUACACCAGCUCUGUCAGGAAGAAUGGGCCAAAAUUCACCCAACUUUUUGUGCGAAACUUGUGGAAGGCUACCCGAAACGUUUGACCGAAGUUAAACAAUUUAAAGGCAAUGCUACCAAAUACUAAUUGAGUGUAUGUAAACUUCUGGCCCACUGGGAAUGUGAUGAAAGAAAUAAAAGCUGAAAUAAAUAAUUCUCUCUAAUAUUGUUCUGACAUUUCACCAUUUUAAAAUAAAGUGGUGAUUCUAACUGACCUAAGGCAGGGAAUUUUUACUAGGAAUAAAUGUCAGGAAUUGUGAAAAACUGAGUUUAAAUGUAUUUGGCUAAGGUGCAUGUAAACUUCCGACUUCAACUAUAUAUAUACUCUACCGUUCAAAAGUUUGGCGUCAUUUAGAAAUGUCCUUGUUUUUGAAAAAGUACAUUUUUUGUCCUUCAAAUAACAUGAAAUUGAUCAGGAAUAUAUUGUAGCUGGAAAAGGUUGAUUUUUUGUGGAAUACCUAUGUAGGCGUACAGAGGCCCAUUAUCAGCAACCAUCACUCCUGUGUUCCAAUUGCACGUGGUGUUAUCUAAUCCAAGUUGAUAAUUUUAAAAGGCUAAUUGAUCAUUAGAAAACCCUUUUGCAAUUAUGUUAGAACAGCUGAAAACUGUUUUUCUGAUUAAAGAAACAAUAAAACUGGCCUUCUUUAGACUAGCUGAGUAUCUGGAGCAUCAGCAUUUGUGUGUUCAGUUUACAUGCUCAAAAUGGCCAGAAACAAAGACCUUUAUUCUGAAACUGAUAAUGGGCCUCUGUACGCCUAUGUAGAUAUUCCAUAAAAAAAUCUGCCGUUUCCAGCUACAAUAGUCAUUUACAACAUUAACAAUGUCUACACUGUAUUUGUAAUCAAUUUGAUGUUAUUUCAAUGGACAAAAAAUGUGCUUUUCUUUCAAAAGCAAGGACAUUUCUAAGUUCUAAUAUAUAUAUAUAUAUACACACAAAUGUAUAAACUGUACAUAAACAGAGUUGUUCGUCGAUUGCGCAGCACAGUAUUUCUUUUUGUCUAACAUUUGAAUAAAUGGAUAUUCUGCCAGGAAA